UAUUACAUAGUGGGGUCCACAACACGUUAGCACACUCACAUAGUGGGGACCGAAAACAUAGUGGGGACCAAAUCCCCGGUCCCCACAAUGUUUUGCUUUUAAUCGGCUCAGGAGGCGGUGCUGAUAUGACUAGUGCAGUUUUUUUCUUGAUCCCCUCCAUGAACAAAAACCGGAUUUCUGUGUGUGAGUGUGUGGGGCCGCGCUGCUCUACAGCGCCCCUGUAGCCAGGUCGCGGAACUGCACCUCUAUACACACAUGUGACGUAAUAUAUGAAGGUACACAUUUUUUAAACCGCUCAUGCCAAAGUCGCUUAAUUAAACGACAAAAACAACUUUAAACAGUGUCUGUCAACGGGGAAAGUACAUUCUUUCAGUGUUAUAAACUGCGGUGUGGCGGGAGAUUGUGAGACCGCGUGACCUCUCUCAAUUACUGGAACCCGAGGAGCGACGUGAGACGGCCUGUUGAAAUGAAACGGAGAAGAAUAAAACCGUUAAAAGAAGCGGAAGAUCAUGUUCUCCGUUGCAUCGACAAGACCGACGCACUGGAGGCCAAACACAUAAACGAUUAUAAAGGUCGUGGAGUCUUUGCCUUAAUUCCUUUUAUUAAAGGAGAUUUUGUUGUCGAAUAUAGGGGAGAAAUGAUUAGCUUAAUUGAAGCCGAACAAAGAAGAGAGGCCAAUCAAGACACUUUUUUUAUGUUUGACUUCAUCUGGCAGAACAAGAAAUGGAGCAUUGAUGCAACUCAUGAGGAUGGCACCCUUGGCCGCCUUAUAAAUGAUGAUCACAUAAACCCAAAUUGUACAAUGAAAAGGAUUAUCGUUGAGGGAAAACCCUGUUUGUGCCUAUUCGCUGCAAGAGAUAUCAUUCCUGGAGAGGAACUCACAUAUGACUAUGGAGGAAGUCACUGGCCUUGGAGAAAGCCUCCAUGCAAGGAUGAUGACAACAUGACAGCAAUAGAUAACUGCUCUGAGGAUUCUGUAACUACUGAAGGCACUUCACGAUUCACAGCUGAGCCUUUGGUUGAUUACUCGGACACCGAAGAUGAAGUUUUGUGUUCUAAAAUUAAGACAUCUUAUAAAAAGAGAUCUGUGAUUCAUGAUGAUUCGGAUGAUCUCUUUGAAAAUUCGAGUGUAAAUGGUAAAGAUGACCAAGACAUUCAACGUGACGUCAGACGGAAUCAUGCAUCAUUUGCAAUGAGUGAACAACAUUCCGCUUGUACCACAGCAUCCAAAAGAGCAAAAAACACAAGAGCUAGAGGGAAGAUCGCGGAGUACUCGGAUGUUUCGAGCGAAGAUGAGUUAUCUGUUAGUGAGGAAGAGUACAUUCCUGAUACAUCAGAGAGUUACACAUCAGAUAGUAGCAUGAGCUUUACUGCUUCACCAAAGGGUAAAGAAAAAAAGUUACAGACUUUGCCAGUCCGGAGCAGUUCAGCUGUGAACAGAAUCAAAAAGUUCAGUAUUCAAAGCAGUGGUGACUUAGGGAGCUCCCAGAACCACGACAUAGCCAAAGUUCCUGACACAUCUUCCAUUCUUGACAGCGCAACAUCAGUAGUUAUCCCAGCUGUAAUUAAAAAGAGAGGUGGAUUGAGAAUGUACAGCAAAAAACAACAGUGCUUUUUUGUGAAGGUGCUUUUACAAAAAUUUCUAGACACCUGGAACGAAAGCAUAGAAAUGAGGUAG